CAGGCCUGAGGUUGGAGCUCGAACCCUUCGCCAUGCCGAGGGAGAGGAGGGAGAGGGAUGCGAAGGAACGGGGCUCUGUGAAGGAGGAAGGUGGCAUGGAUUUCUCUGUUCGCUCCAGGAAAAGGAAGGCAAAUGUGGCCGUUUUUUUGCAGGAUCCAGAUGAAGAAAUUGCCAAAAUUGACAAGACUGUGAGAGGCCAGUGUGGCAGCAGUCAGUCUUGGGACAGUAACACAGUCUGUGCAAACCCCUGUUCCUUGAUCCCCACACCUGACAAAGAGGAGGAUGAGCUGGUGUACCCGACUCCGACGUACAAGCCUCAGAUCACGCCGUCCAGGGCCUCCCCACUGCCUCUGCUGAACUGGGCAAAUCGAGAGGAAGUCUGGAAGAUCAUGCUGAACAAGGAGAAGACGUACCUGCGGGACCAGCACCUGCUGCAGCGGCACCCUCUGCUGCAGCCUCACAUGCGCGCCAUCCUCCUGGACUGGCUGAUGGAGGUGUGUGAAGUCUAUAAACUCCACAGGGAGACCUUCUACUUGGCACAGGAUUUCUUUGAUCGGUAUAUGGCAACACAAGAGAACAUUGUGAAAACACUUCUACAGCUUAUUGGGAUCUCAUCUUUAUUUAUUGCAGCCAAACUUGAGGAAAUCUAUCCUCCAAAGUUGCACCAGUUUGCUUAUGUCACGGACGGGGCUUGUUCAGGAGAUGAAAUUCUUACCAUGGAGUUAAUGAUUAUGAAGGCUCUUAAGUGGCGCUUAAGUCCCCUGACCAUUGUGUCCUGGCUGAAUGUGUACCUGCAGGUCGCAUAUCUGAACGACUUACAUGAAGUGCUCUUGCCACAGUAUCCUCAGCAGAUCUUUAUUCAGAUUGCAGAGCUCUUAGACCUCUGCGUCCUGGAUGUGGACUGCUUAGAAUUCUCCUACGGGGUGCUCGCUGCUUCUGCCUUGUAUCAUUUCUCUUCGUCUGAACUGAUGCAAAAGGUUUCAGGGUAUCAGUGGUGUGACAUAGAGCACUGUGUCAAGUGGAUGGUCCCAUUUGCCAUGGUCAUCAGGGAGACAGGCAGCUCGAAGCUGAAGCACUUCAGGGGGGUUCCUGCGGACGACGCACACAACAUCCAGACCCAUAGGGACAGCUUGGACUUGCUGGACAAAGCCCAAGCAAAGAAAGCCAUACUGUCUGAACAGAAUAGGAUUUCUCCUGUGCCCACUGGCGUCCUCACCCCACCACACAGCAGUAAGAAGCAGAGUGAUGAGCAGGGGACAGCAUGACCACCAGCCUUGUCUACCAAAGCCAGCUCUGCAGGAGUGCCCGUUCUACCCCCGUCUGCUGCGGCAGAGGACUGCGCCAGCCUCACAGGUGUUUGAAAGGAAGAGCGAAUCUCUUCCACAAUGGAAAUAUUUCUGCAGAUGGCAUAGGACAGGGAGAAUUGUUUUUUUAUAUUGAAUGCUUAGAUUUUUUUAAUAAGUGGGUCAAGUACGCCAGCCACCUCCUGAUCACCAACGAGUGUUCCAGAUGCUGCUAAGGAGGGUGAUACUUGACCGAUGGACUGUUCACCACACGACAAGGCUGAGAGUUGCAGAACGCCACUGUUGCUGUGGGCCUCCCUCGGGUUCUGGCUCUCCUGGGACUCAGUGGAGCAGGUGGUUGUGAGCAGACGUGAUGCCUAGCCCACAGCCAGCCGGGUGGGCACCUGGCCUUCUCACAGUCAGUUGGCAACGUACAAUGCCUUGUAUGAACUCUUGUUUUGUAAGUGCUGCUAUGUCUACCCAUUUUUUAAUAAAGAUAAUACUGUCUUUGAGACAGCUGGUUUUAUGAGCUAUGUCUGGU